UUUAAAACUUUCAAAUAUAAACCCUAACAUGAAAGGAUUCACUCAAAGACAAGAGUUUGAAGGAGUAGUAUAUACUGAAGAUAGUGAUGAAGAUGAAAAACAACCGUCCGAUCACCCGCCUCAAAAUCUCCAGUCUCCAGGUGUAGAUACAGAAGGUGGCAUCAGAGAUUUGUUAGAACCUGAUCAGACAAACUUAAGAUUUGAGCUAGAGCGCCUAUAUUCUUCCGGAAAAUGAAGAUACUAUUAUAUCGGAUUUGCAGUCCUAGCGACAAUUAUGGUGACGUGGAUCCUAGUGGUCGGAGCAAGAGUCCAUCAGAGCAAAUUAUUCAUCUUUGCUGAAGUGUUUAUUAAUAUAAGCUUGUUGUUAGAUUUUGCUUUCAAGCUCUACAUCACAGGGGUGAAGAAGUAUUUCACAUCUUGGACGAACGUAUUUGAUUCUAUCGUAGUGAUAAGUUGAGUGACUACUUUUGUGAUCAUGAUGGGAACAUCAUCUAUCUCCAUCCUCACUGUGGAAGAAGUCAUAGAGGAUAUGCUAUUCCUCUUGUGGUGUUCUUUACAGUAUCUCAGAAUUAUUAUGUUCUUCAAGCACCAGAAGGAUGCAAAGAACAGAGCUCAGAGACUAGACAUGAAACACUUCUAUGCUGAUUCGAUCCAAGAUAAUGAAGACAAGAUUUUUAUAGAAGAUAUAGAGUUCAACAAGGAUAGAGACGUAGAUGUUGCUAUUGGUGGCUUCUUUAAGAAUGUGAGCAACCCUAGAGAUAAGCCUCAAUCUGUAACCGAAGAUAUUGAACUGGAAAACUUCAAUUCAAGAAGCAGAGAGAAAGACAAGUUCAGGUGCUUUGAUGAUAAUGGAAUCCAAUACACUGAAUAGGUUGUUAAAAAAAUUAGGUGAUAAAUUAUGCCAUCUAUGGCCACUUUCAAUUU